UAUAUAAGCGGAACUCUCAGCACUCUUAUCAGAGAGAGGGGGUAAAAAACUCACGAGAACGAACGCGCAGGGUUUGACAAUGGCGUCUAGGGCUUCGAUUUGCUUCUUUGUGCUGGCUCUGUCUCUCUUCGCGUCGUCCUUUACGAAUAUCUGUGCCGAGGAACCGGCAUCGGCAUCGGAAUCGGAAUCGAAGGAGUUCGUGCUCACCUUGGACCACUCCAACUUCUCCGACACUGUAAGCAAGCACGACUUCAUCGUCGUGGAGUUCUACGCCCCUUGGUGUGGCCACUGUAAGAAGCUUGCUCCAGAGUACGAGAAAGCUGCAUCUGUAUUGAGCGUUCAUGACCCUCCAGUCAUUCUAGCAAAAGUUGAUGCCAAUGAAGGAGAAAAUAAAGAUCUGGCUUCUGAUUUCGAGGUCAGAGGUUUCCCCACAAUUAAGAUUCUGAGAAAUGGAGGAAAGACUGUUCAAGAGUACAAAGGUCCACGUGAUGCAGAUGGUAUCGUUGAUUAUCUGAAGAAACAAAGUGGUCCUGCAUCCGUUGAAAUUAAAUCUGUGGAAGAUGCUAGUAAUCUUAUUGAUGACAAGAAGAUAUUCAUUGUUGGGGUAUUCCCAAAAUUUUCUGGGGAGGAGUUUGAGAACUUCACAUCUCUUGCUGAAAAACUGCGCUCGGACUACGAGUUUGGGCAUACUUUGGAUGCCAAGCUUCUUCCACGUGGGGAAUCAUCAGUGACGGGGCCCACAGUUAGGAUCUUGAAGCCAUUUGAUGAACGUUUUGUUGAUUUCCAGGAUUUCCAUGUGGAUGCUUUAGAGAAGUUUGUUGAAGAGUCUAGCUUGCCUACUGUGACUGUCUUUAAUAACGAUCCAAACAAUCAUCCUUUUGUUAUUAAGUUCUUUAACAAUCCGAAUGCCAAGGCUAUGUUGUUCCUGAACUUCAGCACUGAAAUUGCCGAUUCUAUUAAAUCAAAAUAUCGUGAAGUUGCUGAGCAAUCUAAAGGAGAAGGGAUAAGCUUUCUUAUUGGAGAUCUGGAAGCUAGCCAAGGUGCCUUCCAGUAUUUUGGACUUAAAGAAGAGCAAGUUCCACUACUUGUCAUUCAGAAGGCUGAAGGAGAGAAAUAUCUGAAAGCAAACUUGGAGGCUGGUCAUAUUGCACCCUGGGUGAAGGACUACAAGGAUGGCAAUGUCCAACCAUAUAGGAAGUCUGAACCUAUUCCUGAAGCUAACAACGAGCCUGUGAAAGUGGUUGUCGCGGACAGCCUCCAGGAUAUAGUCUUCAAUUCUGGAAAGAAUGUUCUCCUAGAGUUUUAUGCUCCUUGGUGUGGACAUUGCAAAAAAUUGGCUCCGAUCUUGGAUGAAGUUGCCAUCUCAUUUGAAAAUGACGCUGACGUUGUUAUUGCGAAACUUGAUGCAACUGCAAAUGAUGUCCCGAGUGAUAAAUUCGAUGUGAAAGGUUACCCAACCCUCUACUUUAGCUCAGCAAGUGGCAAGCUGUUGGAGUAUGAUGGUGAGAGGACCAAAGAAGAGAUCAUAGAUUUCAUCGAAAAGAAUCGGGAUAAAACUGCCCCACAUGACUCGUCAAAAGAUGAGCUCUAAAAGAAGGUAAAUAUAGCUGUGCCUGUUGACUCU